AUGCUGUUUUCGUCAAAAGCUGGUCUCCUACCUACUCCAAAUUCUACUAAAAUAUACUCGAAGAACCCGAACGACUUUAUCAAAACAUCGAACUAUCCUAUUCCUUUUCAAGCCGCGAAUAUCGUUGAAAGUUUCAACAUAAAUUGUCAACCAACAUGGGACAUUAGCGUUUCGCCGAAACUUGUUAAAUUCAAAGCUGAAUGGGACCUCGCGAGUCAAGUUUAUUCGAACAGUACGAACGCAGAUGCAUUCCCUAAGGCAGUAGUGAGUUCCCUGGCUACGUAUAACCUGGUACAGCCGGCGUGGAACACCUCUUUCAACGGCAAGAAACUUUGUAUUAAAAUUGAUUGGAAAAUUUCUGAAAGUUUUGGCCAUAAUAAUACAACGUUUGAUGGGCAAAGUUCGCAGAUAAACAGUUCAAAUUUCCCCGUGAACAGUUCUUUAAAUUUCUCUACGCCUUUUAAUAGCCACUCGUCAAGUUAUCAAGCGGAUUCGGGCUACAAAUCAUCGAAUAAACCGGACAAACAUUAUUAUUCACCUGUAUAUUAUUCGCCGACAGUUAAUUCGCGACCGAAUUAUGAUGUAAACACAGACAAUAUCAGCCGAUUUCCUACAACUCCUCGCGCUAAUUUGUUUAAUUCUCAUCGAAAUUCGCUAGACAGACAAGAUCUCUAUGUUCCUCAAUCGAGAAACAGUGUCAAUUGUUCUUCAAACAGCUGUAAAAUUUCAAAAUCGGAAAAUACGGAUAAAUAUUCACCGACCGUGAAACAACAACAAAGCCAAUCUACGAUUGAAGCGGAAGUGGCGAGUAUAAAAAGUCACGCGACCGAUAUAGCUCCGGAAAUGGACAACAAUAAUGCCCCAGUUGCUGAUAAUGUGGUUAUUCAUGAACUUUCUACUUUAUCAGAAAAAUCCAGCCCUAGUUCACCCAACAAUAUACCCAUUACUAAUAAUCCCUCUGUAACACAACAUGUCCCUAACCCCCCUGAAUCAUACUCACCUUCAGUCGAUCCCCCCGUUUCCAAGACUACGCAGUCGGUUCCUGUUGAGGAGGUCAAAUUUCCUGAUAAACCACCAUCUCAAUUGGUCCAUGACGGCCCCCCACCAUCUGAAUUUACCCACAUCGAACCCCCUAAAUCCCAUUUCCCCCCUUCAGAUCCUUCUGCUGGAGGCGCUAUAAAACCUAAAAGUAGAAAGAAGAAAAAGUCUCAGCAUAAUAACAACCCCCCAAUAGCAGUCCCCCCAGCCACCCAACCCCCCUCCCAAACCCACCCGACAAAUCUUACCUGUAAGUCUUCUGCCACCAAUGCCGCUGAGAAUCCUGAUAACCGCUCAGCACAAAUCUUACCUUCUUCCCGGAAAUUCGUCAUUGCUGAUCGCUCGAAAGACGGUGAUAUUAUUACUGAUUUAACUCCUCAAACACCUAAAUUCGAUGCUCAAAAUGAAUUUUUUCUCGACACCCCUAAAAAUUUCCAUGUCAAAUCCGAUGGUCUUCUUGAUUUAAAUCUUCUCGCAGAUAGGAUGAAUAUCACGGGCAAAUGUCGUCUCUGCAAGGCUGUUGUCAAAUCUUUCAACGCUGAUCUUCACCUGCUGGAGUGUAGGCGAAUAGACAAAAAUGACAUCGACAAUUUUGCAUUCGAAUAUGCUGACAUUACUAAUAAUAAUUACGAUGAAAUAAUUAAUAUCAUAUAUGAUUACUGUAAUUACGUAAUGCAUGACGAUGAUGUAUCUUACCUGUUUCCAAAAGUUUCCACCUUCUCCAAAUUCCUGGACGACCUUGAGCAUCUCCUUGAUCAGAAAGCAUCUAAAGUAUAUAAAAAGAGUGAAAUUACUGGUCAACAAAUGCGAUUCAAUAUCUUGAACUAUAGUAUCUAA